GACGCAGCGGAGACUCCGGGGACGCAGGGGCGCAUCAGGGGCGCAUCCGCGCAGGAAGAAACACUCCCGUUCCUCGCUUUUCCAGAGAAACCCACCCCUCCCAGGACUGUGAUCUCCACAGAGAGAGGGAGAGAACAGGAACUACAGUAGUUGCCGGAUCCCGGAGGAGUAGAGGAGGGAGAGGGGAGAGGGAUGCUGCUCCAGCCCGGCUCGCUGCGCCGCUCAGCCCGCCCCGAGGCUGCUGCUGCCCGGCUGGCUGGCCGGGGAUCCCCGCCCCGCGGCCCCAGCAGCGGACCAUGCUGGCAGUAGAGCCGGGAUCAGCAUGGCUGCGAUCACGGGUACUAUCAUGUUAAAAUGCGUCGUGGUCGGAGACGGAGCGGUGGGGAAAACGUGUCUCCUCAUGAGCUAUGCCAACGACGCCUUUCCCGAGGAGUAUGUGCCUACGGUUUUCGACCACUAUGCAGUGAGUGUCAACGUUGGAGGAAAGCAGUACUUGUUGGGCCUCUAUGACACAGCUGGUCAGGAGGACUACGACCGCCUGAGGCCUCUGUCCUACCCGAUGACCGAUGUCUUCCUAAUCUGCUUCUCCGUGGUCAACCCGGCCAGCUUCCAGAACGUGCGAGAGGAGUGGGUGCCCGAGUUGCAGGAGUACGCGCCCAGCGUCCCUUACCUGCUCAUCGGUACCCAGAUUGAUCUGCGUGAUGACCCCAAAACCAUCGCCAAACUGAACGACAUGAAGGAGAAGCCGAUCUCCACCGAGCAAGGACAGAAACUGGCCAAGGAGAUCGGUGCGUGCUGCUACGUGGAGUGCUCAGCGCUGACCCAGAAGGGCCUGAAGACGGUGUUUGACGAGGCCAUCAUCGCCAUCCUGGCUCCAAAGAGGAAGAAGGGAUCGUUGAAGAGACGGCUGGGACCGCGCUGCAUCAACUGCUGCUUGAUCACGUGAUGCAAACAUCCUGAGACCAUCCAAGAAAAAACCCACAAAAAACCCACAAACCAAACCUGGACUGAAGGAAAAAGACAAGGCAAAAGAAAAAUGCCCGGACAGCAGUUUAGAUUAAAAAGAAAAAAGGAUCUGGGGGGGCUAGAAAGGGCAACCCAAGAGCUAAUUUUAAGCUGCAGGGCUCUUAACUCCGGGCUCCAGGAUGCAGUUUUCUACCAAAGGAGCACAACGCCCGGUCAUUCUCUUCUACAAGACUUUUACCACAAAAGUACCUUCUUUUAUAACCAUUUUUAAUCUCUUUUUUUGUGUACAACGUCGCCGUAUGCUGUCAUUCAUAAAAACAACAAAUAGACAUUUAUAGUUUAUGAGAAACGUGAAGGAAUUCAUAUUAUUUCUGUGGUUUCUGGGAGUAGAUUGUUGAAUUGAUUCAUGAAUUUAUAUCUGAUCUCCAAAACAGAGAGAAAACAUAAUGAAAGCCUUUCUCUUUUAUUUUAUUUUUAAACUCGCGCUGCGAAGAGAAAACAAAACGAACUCUGCCUUCAGUCGUUUUCUUCUCUUUUGAGGACUCGUAGAUUAAAACCACAGAAGAAAUCUGCUUAGUUUGGACAAACUGUGGGUUCAGAAACGUCUAUUUUAAAGUUUAAUCUGUUUUUUUUCUUCUUUUUCGCCUUAUAAAAACUCCAUCGAUUUA